AUGGUGGAGUUCCUUAAACCCAUGGAAGUCAUGAAUCAUGGUGGACGUGGAGGUGGCUGCGGCGGUGGACGUGGCAACAUUGUCAUGACUCAAGCAAAGUUGACUGAUUUGAUUAACACACGUAUGGCUGAGGAUUUGGCAGCUCAGCAAGCUGGUCAACCUGUGAACCAAAAUCAGAACAAUCCACCUGUGUGUACGUUUAAAACGUUCAUGGAUUGCAAGCCUCAAACUUUCAGUGGAACUGAAGGUCCCGUGGGACUGCUUCGUUGGUUCGAGAAAGCUGAAUCUAUCUUUGCUGUGUGCAACUGUCCAGCUGGGGACAGGGUGAAGUUUGCUACGGGCACCUUGGAAGAUGGUUUUUUGACUUGGUGGAAUGCUCAAGUGCAGAUGCUGGGCAUUGAGAUGGCAAAUGCGACAACUUGGGACGAUUUCAAGGAGUUGAUACAGGAAGAGUACUGCCCUCGCGAUGAAAUACAAAAGCUGGAAAACGAGUAUUAUAACCUGAAAAUGGAGGGGUCUAAGAUCGAGGCUUAUACGAAACGGUCUCACGAGCUAGCGAAUAUGUGUCCAGACCUAUCCUGA